AUGGGCAUUUUUCAUCGCUCUUCGAGCUCUAGCUCACGCUUCUCCACUACCUUCUCCAGUGCUUCGGACUCGGCCACACCAAGGACGAGCAUCGACUCCACCAACGACAGUCUGGAUGACACUUCGGCUGUCAAAACAACGAUCCUCGAAAAACCAAAGGCUCCUUUACUCAGCCUUCCCAUCGAACUUGUCCAGCAUGUCACAUCCUACCUAGAGGCCGAAUCUUCAGCGUCGUUCUGCCUUAGCAGUCGCUACAUCUACUACGCCCUCGGAUCCGACUGUCUAACCCAAUACAUCAAUUCCUCCAAGAAUCGCUUCGCCAAACGCAGAACCAUCGAAGCUAUCGUCGAACGCGCUUUCCCCGGCCACUGGUUCUGCGCCUGGUGCGAUGUCUUCCACGCCUGGUCCCCCUCCACCAGCCCUUCCAACCCCCGAGAAUCCCUCAAACCAAGAGACUGCGCCGAGUUCAACAGCUACCUCUCCGCCGGAUCAGAAUACAACCUGCGCUUCCACCACAUCCACCUCGCGCUUUCCCACGCCCUACACGGCCCGGACCAUGGUAUCCCCAUAUCUUCCCUGGCGUACACCAGAUCCAACAUGGCCAAAAUCUACCGCACCCCCGUCCCCACCUCCCUCACCAUCACACCACGCAUAUCCUCUUCCCACACCCUCCUCCUACACACCUCCUUCGCAAUAAUCCUGCCCUCCUUCUCCACCUCGCGCAAACACAUCCUCGCACAGAUCUGGCCCGUCUUCCCACAUAUCUUAUCCGGCCACCGCGACUCGGAGAACGGACAUUCCGGCCUGAUGGCGGCAGUCGACAACGUCGUACGCCGCGGCUGGAAAUACCCCUUCACGCAGAGCUGCAGCACGUGCCGCACGGACUGGAGCGUGAGCGCGCAUUUCUUCGGACACGCGAGCGGCGGGCAGCUCAGGCUUGUGGUGCAGACGUGGCGCGAUGUCGGGGACGGCAAGAGCCCCUUUGAUCAGGGGUGGCGCAGCCAUGGUGUCGGCUUACUGCGCGCGGAGGCUUCGGGGCUGGUGAGGAAUUUGGACGCCCGGGCGGGGGAUGUUAGGAGGGAGUUUGAUCUUUGUGGGCAGGGCGGGGUGGGGGUGAAGAGGACGAGCGAGGCGAGGGAGGAUAAGGGCAGGAUUUAUCAGGCGUUCAUGGGCCAGGAGGUUAGGAGGUCGAGGGCUAGGCCGAGUGUUUGGCGGACGAGGAGUGAGAAUGAGGAGGUUGCGAGGAGAGAGGAGGAGGAGAGGGUGGAGCUUGCGAGGCAGAAUGUUGAGAGGUUGAUUAGGGAGGAUACGCAGCGGGGAAGGAGGUAUUAG